GAAAGCUUAGACAACCAUAAAAUAGAAGCGAUUUUUUUUUGACAAUACUAUGGAUGUGAAUUCUCAGAGAUGACUGAGUCACAGACAACUAUCGUGGAUGGGCCUAAAUCACCUAAAACUUUCUUUAGGAAGAAGCGGAGGAGUAUCACCCAGGCCCUUCUCCCACGAAUGAAGCCGAGGAAGGAAGCAGAACACGAUGUACUUAAAGAUAAUGGUUGUUCGUAUAUAGGGUUAACAAAGUCUCUGGCGAGACCUCAAGGAAAUUCCAGUGAAGUUUUAUACGGUAGUAGUCCAGAUGCACCACUGCUGAGCUCGAGAAGCAUGCAGUCGAUUCAAAGAGAUAUCUUAAAUUGGGCUAAGAAUGAUCAGAGUGUUGCAACAUUACUAUCACAGAACAAUUACGGCGAAUGUGCUUCGAAUUGGUCAAGACUUCCGGGAAUUCUUCUCUCAGGUUUGCACCGGGGAGGUUCCACUGAAAGUGGGAAUUCGAUUCUAGAAUCGAGAGCUACUGCUUUUGCAAAUGAGCUCGCCAAUAGCAAAGUGCACAUGGGCGAAGGGGAAGCUCCGGCCCUCCGAAUGAGGGGUUCAAGAGGAAACAGCUUACAUAUUUCUAAUCAGCAAGGACUAAAAAAUUCAACCGUUCCGUCGCAAAACCAUAUCGAUAUGCUACGCGCAAACGACAGCUUAACCACCGCUUUAGCCCAGGAGACAACUGCUCAUGAUGUAUUUGGCAAGAAGCAAUUUCGGACUACAACCCCACAAAAAUUUGAGAACAUAUCGAUAACACAAGAGCGAAUCGCGUCGUUGCAGAUUGACCACUUCGAGGCAGAGCUUCUAGCGAUGUCACUGGAGUGUAGUGAAGAUGAUUUUCGCAAGAACGAGAAUUGGUACUCUUUCGGCACCAGCCGGGAAUUUACCCACGACAUGGAUAUUCACUGUCCGAGGCGCCAAAGUGCCCCUAGUACCACAGUGUCCAAUGUGCGAGAUAGCAGUGACAGUUUUGAAUCGACGCAACGAUUGGCAAUAUCUUAUGAAGUCGUCCGUGCGAAACCCCGCGGACAUGUAUCAUUUAAUAACACAGAGAGCAGCGCUCCGAGAUACUCUGAAUUGCCCUGCCUCACACCUUCGCAAAAGAAACACCAAAUAGACUUCCCCAAAGUCUACCUGGGUUCGGCGAAGCAUGUACAAACCUACGUCUCAGAUCGACCAGUCAGAACUAACACUAUAUUCAAAUUCGAAGAUGCUAGUAAGCGUUGCAGCAAAUCAGAUUGCACACAAGCGAAAUCCGCAGCAAUACCGUGCAACACUAAUUAUGAUAUAGUUCAAGAGGGAAGGAUCCCCGAUGUCAGAACAUCAUUUUCGACUAUUGAAGAACAUCUCACGAGGGUCAAUUAUCAGCCAAAUCCUUCGAGUGCGCGAAGAUACCAUGAACACGCUCUUGACUCCAAUACUGCAUCUGAAGAAGAGUGUUCAAUGCUCUCCCAAGAAAGUAUCCAUGGAUCAUUGCACUAUAAUGAUGACAAUCAUAGUGACAGUGCUGCCGUAUCAAUCCCCGAGGAUGACAAACUUCCAGCGGUACCACUACUCGUGAGGUCACAUACGAUUGCCUCACAACGCCCAGGCAGUGUCAGACCUAUUCCCAAACCGAGACCCAGGUCGGCAUUUAUAGCAACACAAUCGGCGAAUCCCUCGACUAAAACUGACGGAUUACCAUCUCCUGCACCCGUUGCAUUAAAGUCAUCGUCUUUGCCUUCGAUUGCCAAAGAAUCAACAUAUGUUCAGUCAGUGUUGCGGGACGGGUCUGAACUGCAUAUCGUACCGGUUAAUGUGCCACUAGCACAUAGUUUCAAUGGGAAUGUGGUGUCCAAUAUCGUUGGACUGGUGAUUGCAAUCGACCCUACUUCUUACUCGGCACCAAUCGAUCUGGAUAGACAAUUGAACGCCCAAAAAGUGGAAUACCGACGCCGGUUCCAAGAAGCUUUUGAUAACGCUCAAUUCGCCGCGCAGCAUGAACCCUCGCCAAUUGUUCCUAUGUCUGAGACUUGCGCCGCAACAACACUAGAUAUGAACUUCGUGGGAAAGAGUUCUGUAGAAGUCUUCCGAAAUAGAAUAGAUGCUACACACCUUAAAAAACAAAACCUGCGUUUCUUAAGCGAAGGUCCACGAGAUCUGAUACACGCAGACAUCACACCGUCUGUGAUUCAGAAACACCGGCAUAUGCGCGUGCCCGGAAAGGCUCGAUAGGCUCCAGAUCAGUCAGUGCACCAGACAGCGAUGGGACAAGGGCGAAGAGGCGCUUCAGUGGAUUGCUCAGCAAAUUCAAACGUAUGCGCAGUACGCACGAUAACCGCGAGGAGCAAACGGAAACUUGAGUGACUAAGGUGGUCUAGUUGGCUACCAUGGCAACCGUAUGUUGAUUCGGAUCUCAGAUAAAUUCCUUGGCUCAAGCAUGUCGUGGGCGGAUUGUGCAACACCUGCGCCAGUAUCUGGAAAUGUGAAUUGGCACGUAGGUCAAUUUUGCGAAUUUUUAGAAACCAUAACUCUAGGCUCGAUUGUUGCAUCGCACUAGAAACGAUGACACAAAAUUCAAUAGUAAGGUGCGAAGGUAUUGUCAAUGGUCAGGACUUCGGUCAGAGUAGACAAGCGCGGGUAAGCCCACUUCCCGGGUUCAGAGUCACUCAGAUGAAAUUGAACAUCUGGAAAUGCGGAAAUGAUAGAUCUUAUCCCCUACGAGAGAUGUGCAUAGCGCAAAAAAUAAACUUUAGGAAGA